UCCAAAGUUUCAUUGAAGGUGGAGAAGUGUGCGCCCGCCGGGGAGCCCUGGCUGCGCCGCGGCUAGGGCGAGGCUGCACCGCGGCGGGCGGGGGGCGCGCUGGGCAUCCAGACGACGUUUGAGUUUUCUUUUUAAAAUUGAGACAGUGGAGGAGGGAAUUGGCAUCUGAUCUACCCGUUUUGCGCUUUCCUGCCCGAGCUCACACGAUUCCUGCAAGUGCGGGAGGGACUCGCAGCGCCACCGGCGGACAGAUAACUGGAGCCCAGCGGUGUCCGGAAUGGUCCUGUGCGCCUGGCUGCGCCCACCUCGGUCUCUCUGGCCCGAAGCUGGGGGGCACAGAGGCUGAGCUGCACCACCACCCGGGAUCCACAGCCUGCUGCUUGAGGCCGCGGGCUGUAGGACGCGACUCGGGGUCCGCGGGGCAGCUUCGAGAGCCAGGCGCAGGGCGGCGCGCGGCAGCCUGCGUGGGCAGAGGGGCCGGAGCCGGGCAGUAGAGACUCGUUGGCUUCAGAAAGGUUCUGCGCAAAAGGCUCCCCGGCCUCCCCUGAGCGACGCCCCGGGAGCCCGGCCAGAGGACUGCACUCCCUCUUCGCCCCCUUUCCGCACUGUUCCAGGCCCCUAGGACUCUCCCAAAGUGUCCUCCUCCAGGGCCCCCGCCCAGCUGCCCCUGAAGAGGCCGCCGCCACCGGAACCUGAGUUCUACACUUAAUGGGCCGGCCGCAGAGGGUCGGGCGCCUGGCUAGGUGGCUGCCAAGAGCCUGGUGAGCGGCUGCCCAGAGCCCUGCGGGCGAGGGGCAGCUGAGAGCGCGUUGAGCGCGCCCUCGGGGCGGAAAGCCCGGAGGCCAGCGCAGAGGCGAUGCCUGGGCAGCUUGCUGCUGGUAGGAGGCCCUAGGCGGGCAUGGGCCUGGCGUCCCAGCCCUAGGGACCCUCGAGCCUCGCCCCUGCGCUCGGAGUCGCCGAACCGACGAGAUGGCCUCGGAAGUGGUGUGCGGGCUGGUCUUCAGGCUGCUGCUGCCCAUCUGCCUGGCAGUAGCGUGUGCAUUCCGAUACAACGGGCUGUCGUUUGUCUACCUGAUCUACCUCUUGCUCAUUCCUCUGUUUUCGGAACCAACAAAAGCAACAAUGCAAGGACACACGGGGCGGCUGCUGAAGUCGCUGUGCUUCCUGAGCCUGUCCUUCCUGCUGCUGCACAUCAUCUUCCACAUCACCCUGGCCAGCUUGGAAGCCCAGCACCACAUCACGCCUGGAUACAACUGCUCAACGUGGGAAAAGACGUUUCGGCAGAUCGGCUUUGAAAGCUUGAAGGGAGCCGACGCUGGCAAUGGGAUCCGCGUGUUCGUGCCUGACAUCGGGAUGUUCAUCGCCAGCCUGACUAUCUGGCUCGUCUGCAGAAACAUCGUACAGAAACCAGUGACAGAAGAAGCAGCACAAUAUAACCUGGAGUUUGAAAAUGAAGAACUGGCUGCUGGGGAAAAGGCGGACUCAGAAGAUGCCCUGAUGGACGCGGACGCAGACGGGGACGGCGCGGAGGGCGAGCUGGAGGAAAGCGCCAAGCUGAAGAUGUUCCGCAGGGUGGCCUCUGUGGCCUCCAAACUCAAGGAGUUCAUCGGCAACAUGAUAACCACCGCCGGCAAGGUCGUAGUCACCGUGCUGCUGGGGUCCUCCGGUAUGAUGCUGCCGUCUUUGACCUCGGCUGUCUAUUUCUUUGUAUUUCUGGGUCUGUGCACCUGGUGGUCCUGGUGCCGGACGUUCGACCCGUUGCUGUUCAGCUGCCUCUGUGUCCUGCUGGCGAUUUUCACUGCUGGGCACCUGAUUGGACUUUAUUUAUAUCAGUUCCAGUUCUUUCAAGAAGCCGUUCCACCCAAUGACUACUAUGCAAGGUUGUUUGGUAUCAAAUCAGUAAUCCAGACGGACUGUUCCAGUACCUGGAAGAUCGUAGUAAACCCAGAGCUAUCCUGGUACCACCACGCCAACCCCAUCCUGCUGUUGGUGAUGUACUACACGCUGGCCACGCUGAUCCGCAUCUGGUUGCAAGAACCCCUCGUGCAGGACGAGAAGACCAAGGAGGAGGACAGAUCCCUGGUUUGCAGCUCCAACCAGAGAACUGCGGAGAGGAAGCGGAACCUGUGGUACGCAGCCCAGUACCCAACCGACGAGAGGAAGCUUUUAUCCAUGACCCAAGACGACUACAAACCAUCUGAUGGCCUGCUUGUGACGGUGAACGGCAACCCUGUGGACUACCACACCAUCCACCCCAGCCUGCCCUUAGAGAAUGGCCCCGCCAAGACCGACCUGUACUCCACCCCCCAGUACCGGUGGGAGCCCUCUGAGGACUCGACAGAGAAGAAAGAGGAAGAAGAGGAUGAGAAAGAAGAAUUUGAGGAGGAAAGGAGCCAGGAGGAGAAGAGGAGUGUCAAGGUCCACGCCAUGGUCUCCGUGUUCCAGUUCAUCAUGAAGCAGAGCUACAUCUGCGCCCUCAUCGCCAUGAUGGCCUGGAGCAUCACCUACCACAGCUGGCUGACCUUCGUGCUGCUCAUCUGGUCCUGCGCCCUGUGGAUGAUCCGCAACAGGAGGAAGUACGCCAUGAUCAGCUCACCCUUCAUGGUUGUCUACGCGAACCUGCUGUUGGUGCUGCAGUACAUAUGGAGCUUUGAACUUCCAGAAAUCAAAAAGGUCCCGGGGUUUCUAGAAAAGAAAGAGCCAGGAGAGCUUGCAUCAAAGAUUCUGUUCACUAUCACCUUUUGGCUCCUGCUGAGGCAGCACCUCACAGAGCAGAAAGCUCUUCAGGAAAAGGAAGCUCUCCUGUCUGAAGUCAAAAUUGGAAGUCAGGAAAAUGAAGAGAAAGACGAGGACCUUCAAGACAUACAGGUGGAAGGAGAGCCCAAAGAGAAGGAGGAGGAGGAGGAAGCACAGGAGGAGGAGCAGGAGGACGAGGAUGAGGACCAAGACAUCAUGAAGGUGCUGGGCAACCUGGUGGUGGCCAUGUUCAUCAAGUACUGGAUCUACGUGUGUGGUGGCAUGUUCUUCUUCGUCAGCUUCGAGGGCAAAAUCGUCAUGUACAAAAUCAUCUACAUGGUGCUGUUCCUGUUCUGUGUGGCCUUGUACCAGGUGCACUAUGAAUGGUGGAGGAAAAUUCUAAAAUAUUUUUGGAUGUCCGUGGUUAUUUACACUAUGCUGGUGCUUAUCUUUAUAUACACAUAUCAAUUUGAAAACUUCCCAGGCCUGUGGCAAAACAUGACCGGAUUGAAAAAAGAAAAGCUAGAGGAUCUGGGCCUGAAGCAGUUCACUGUGGCAGAACUGUUCACGCGCAUCUUCAUCCCCACCUCCUUCCUGCUGGUGUGCAUUCUGCACCUCCACUACUUCCACGACCGCUUCCUAGAACUCACAGACCUCAAGUCCAUCCCCAGGAAGGAGGACAACACCAUCUACAGUCACGCCAAAGUCAAUGGGCGCGUGUAUCUCAUCAUCAAUAGGUUGGCCCACCCCGAGGGAAGCCUCCCAGACCUUGCCAUGAUGCACCUGACCGCCAGCCUGGAGAGGCCCGAGGGGAAGAAACUGGCCGAACUCGUAGAUGAGAAGACAGAGGGCAGCCCUGGAAAGGCUGAGAAGGGCGAGCUUGGGGAGGGCAGCGAGGAGCCCGAGGAGGGAGAAGACGAAGAGGAGGAGUCGGAGGAGGAGGAAGAGAUGUCAGACCUGCGGAACAAGUGGCACCUGGUGAUCGACCGCCUCACGGUGCUCUUCCUGAAGUCCCUGGAGCACUUUCACAAGCUACAGGUGUUCACGUGGUGGAUCCUGGAGCUGCACAUCAUCAAGAUCGUGUCCUCCUACAUCAUCUGGGUUUCUGUGAAAGAGGUGUCUCUGUUCAACUAUGUGUUUUUGAUUUCUUGGGCUUUCGCUCUGCCUUACGCCAAGCUCCGCCGUGUGGCUUCCAGCAUCUGCACCGUCUGGACCUGUGUGAUCAUCGUCUGCAAGAUGCUGUACCAGCUGCAAACCAUCAAGCCCGAGAGCUUCUCUGUUAACUGCUCCUUGCCCAAUGAAAACCAAACCAACAUACCCCUGCAGGACCUGAACAAGUCCCUCCUCUACAGUGCGCCUAUUGACCCCACUGAGUGGGUUGGCCUGAGGAAGUCUUCUCCCUUGCUUGUCUACCUGAGGAAUAACCUCCUGAUGUUGGCCAUUCUGGCCUUCGAAGUUACCAUUUACCGCCAUCAGGAGUACUAUCGGGGUCGAAACAACCUUACUGCCCCUGUGUCCAAAACUAUCUUUCAUGACAUCACAAGAAUGCAUCUGGAUGAUGGACUUAUUAACUGUGCCAAAUAUUUCAUAAACUACUUCUUCUACAAGUUUGGCCUGGAGACCUGUUUCCUAAUGUCAGUGAACGUGAUCGGCCAGCGAAUGGAUUUCUAUGCCAUGAUUCACGCCUGCUGGCUCAUUGCUGUCCUGUACCGACGCAGAAGAAAGGCCAUCGCGGAGGUCUGGCCCAAGUACUGCUGCUUCCUGGCCUGCAUCAUCACCUUCCAGUACUUCAUCUGCAUUGGCAUCCCGCCUGCCCCCUGCCGAGAUUACCCAUGGAGGUUCAAGGGCGCCGACUUCAACGACAACAUCAUCAAGUGGCUGUACUUCCCGGAUUUCAUCGUGCGGCCGAACCCAGUGUUUCUCGUCUACGACUUCAUGCUGCUCCUGUGCGCCUCCCUGCAGCGGCAGAUCUUUGAGGAUGAGAAUAAAGCUGCCGUGCGGAUCAUGGCCGGGGACAACGUGGAGAUCUGCAUGAACCUGGAUGCGGCCUCCUUCAGCCAGCACAACCCCGUGCCAGACUUCAUCCACUGCAGAUCCUACUUGGACAUGUCCAAGGUCAUCAUCUUCAGCUACCUCUUCUGGUUCGUGCUGACAAUCAUCUUCAUUACUGGGACAACCAGGAUCAGCAUAUUUUGUAUGGGUUACCUGGUGGCCUGUUUCUACUUCCUGCUCUUCGGGGGCGAUUUGCUACUGAAACCCAUCAAGAGCAUCCUGCGCUACUGGGACUGGCUGAUAGCCUACAACGUUUUUGUGAUCACCAUGAAGAAUAUACUGUCGAUAGGCGCGUGUGGAUACAUUGGAACGUUGGUGAAGAAGAGUUGCUGGUUGAUCCAGGCCUUCAGCCUGGCCUGCACCGUCAAGGGCUACACCAUGCCCGAGGAUGACGCCUCCUGCAGACUGCCCAGCGGGGAGGCCGGGAUCAUCUGGGACAGCAUCUGCUUUGCCUUCCUCCUGCUGCAGAGACGCGUGUUCAUGAGCUACUACUUCCUGCACGUCGUGGCCGACAUCAAAGCUUCCCAGAUCCUGGCUUCCAGGGGAGCCGAACUUUUCCAGGCCACGAUUGUCAAGGCUGUAAAGGCAAGGAUCGAGGAGGAGAAGAGGUCCAUGGACCAGCUGAAGAGACAGAUGGACCGCAUCAAGGCCAGACAGCAGAAGUACAAAAAGGGUAAGGAGAGGAUGCUGAGCUUGACGCAGGAGGCUGGGGAAGGCCAGGACGUCCAGAACCCCCCGGAAGAGGACGAUGAAAGAGAAGCAGACAAACAGAAAGCCAAGGGCAAAAAAAAGCAGUGGUGGCGGCCUUGGGUCGAUCAUGCUUCCAUGGUCAGGAGUGGAGAUUAUUACUUGUUUGAAACGGACAGUGAAGAAGAGGAAGAGGAGGAGUUGAAGAAGGAAGAUGAGGGGCCACCUCGCAAAUCAGCAUUCCAGAGAGCUAUUGGGAAGUUUGCGUCAGCCAUUUUAGCCUUGCCCAAGUGGAGUGAAAGUGGCCGUGCGGUGGAAUGGGAAGACCGAGAGGACGAACCGGUCAAAAAGAAGUCUGAUGGACCAGAUAAUAUCAUCAAAAGGAUAUUCAACAUCUUGAAGUUCACCUGGGUGCUGUUCCUGGCAACGGUGGACAGCUUCACCACCUGGCUCAACUCCAUCUCUAGGGAGCACAUUGACAUAUCCACCGUCCUGAGGAUCGAGAGGUGCAUGCUGACCAGGGAGAUCAAGAAGGGCAACGUCCCGACGCGGGAGAGCAUCCACAUGUACUAUCAGAACCACAUCAUGAACCUGUCCAGGGAGUCAGGACUGGACACACUGGAUGAGCGGCCUGGAGCAGCCCCGGGAGCCCAGACAGCCCACAGGAUGGAUAGCUUAGAUUCCCAUGACAGUAUCUCCAGCUGCUACACUGAAGCCACCAUGCUGUUCUCAAGGCAGUCCACCCUUGAUGAUUUAGACGGACCAGACGCUGUUCCUAAAACGAGCGAGCGCGCUCGGCCUAGGCUCCGUAAAAUGCUCAGCUUGGACAUGUCCUCCUCGUCAGCUGACAGUGGCAGUUUAGCAUCCAGUGAGCCCACGCAGUGCACCAUGCUAUACUCACGCCAGGGGACCACGGAAACCAUAGAGGAAGUGGAGGCCGAGGCAGAGGAGGAGGUGGUAGGCCCUGUGCCCGAGCCCGAGCUCGAGCUCCAGCCUGGGGACACCCAGGAGGAGGAAGAAGAAGAGGAGGAGGAAGCUGAGUAUGAUCUGGGCCCCGAGGAGGCCAGCCUCACUCCCGAGGAGGAGGAAUGUCCACAGUUCUCCACUGAUGAGGGUGACGUGGAGGCCCCGCCCUCCUACAGCAAAGCUGUGAGCUUCGAGCACCUGUCCUUCGGCUCACAGGAUGACUCUGGGGGCAAGAACCACAUGAUGGUCAGCCCUGAUGACAGCCGCACCGACAAGCUGGAGUCCAGCAUCCUGCCGCCCCUGACCCAUGAGCUGACGGCCAGCGAGCUGCUGCUGAACAAGAUGUUCCAUGACGAUGAGCUGGAAGAGUCCGAGAGGUUCUACGUGGGCCAGCCCCGGUUCCUGCUGCUCUUCUACGCCAUGUACAACACUCUGGUGGCCCGCUCAGAAAUGGUGUGCUACUUCGUGAUCAUCCUCAACCACAUGGUCUCUGCCUCCAUGAUCACCCUCUUGCUGCCCAUUCUGAUCUUCCUCUGGGCCAUGCUGUCGGUGCCCAGGCCCAGCCGACGGUUCUGGAUGAUGGCCAUUGUCUACACCGAGGUGGCCAUCGUAGUCAAGUACUUCUUCCAGUUCGGCUUCUUCCCCUGGAACAAGAACGUGGAGCUGUACAAGGACAAGCCCUACCACCCCCCCAACAUCAUCGGCGUGGAGAAGAAGGAGGGCUACGUUCUGUACGACCUCAUCCAGCUCCUGGCUCUCUUCUUCCAUCGCUCCAUUCUGAAGUGCCAUGGCCUGUGGGACGAAGACGACAUCGUGGACGGUGGCGACCAGGAGGAGUCGGAUGACGAGCCCUCCUUCAGCCACGGCAGGAGGGACUCCUCCGACUCUCUCAAGUCCAUCAACCUGGCCGCCUCUGUGGAGUCCGUGCACGUGACCUUCCCCGAGCAGCCCACCACCAUCCGGAGGAAACGCUGCGGCAGCAGCCCCCAGAUCUCCCCGGGGUCCAGCUUCUCUUCCGAUAGGUCCAAAAGAGGCAGCACCAGCACCCGGAACAGCAGCCAAAAGGGCAGCAGUGUUUUGAGUAUUAAGCAAAAAAGCAAAAGGGAACUCUACAUGGAGAAGCUUCAGGAGCAGCUCGUCAAAGCCAAAGCGUUCACCAUCAAAAAGACGCUGCAGAUCUAUGUGCCCAUCCGGCAGUUCUUCUACGACCUCAUCCACCCGGACUACAGCGCAGUGACCGACGUGUAUGUGCUCAUGUUCCUGGCCGACACCGUGGACUUCAUCAUCAUCGUCUUUGGCUUCUGGGCCUUUGGGAAACACUCGGCUGCUGCAGACAUCACCUCUUCACUCUCGGAAGACCAGGUCCCCGGGCCGUUUUUGGUGAUGGUCCUCAUUCAGUUUGGAACGAUGGUGGUGGACCGAGCCCUCUACCUCCGGAAGACGGUGCUGGGCAAGGUCGUUUUCCAGGUCAUUCUUGUGUUUGGAAUUCACUUCUGGAUGUUCUUCAUCCUCCCUGUCGUGACCGAGAGGAAGUUCAGCCAGAACCUGGUGGCCCAGCUGUGGUACUUCGUGAAGUGCGUUUACUUCGGGCUGUCUGCCUACCAGAUCCGCUGUGGCUACCCAACGCGCGUGCUGGGGAACUUCCUCACCAAGAGCUACAACUACGUCAACCUGUUCCUGUUCCAGGGGUUCCGCCUCGUCCCCUUCCUGACCGAGCUGAGGGCAGUGAUGGACUGGGUGUGGACAGACACCACGCUGAGCCUGUCCAGCUGGAUCUGCGUGGAGGACAUCUACGCCCAUAUCUUCAUCCUCAAGUGCUGGCGAGAGUCGGAGAAGAGAUACCCGCAGCCCCGGGGCCAGAAGAAGAAGAAGGUGGUCAAGUACGGCAUGGGCGGCAUGAUCAUCGUCCUGCUCAUCUGCAUUGUGUGGUUCCCUCUGCUCUUCAUGUCUCUGAUCAAAUCUGUCGCUGGGGUCAUCAACCAGCCCCUGGAUGUGUCGGUCACAAUUACCCUGGGCGGGUAUCAGCCCAUCUUUACCAUGAGCGCCCAACAGAGCCAGCUGAAGGUCAUGGACCAGACGAAGUUUAAUAAAUUUAUGAGAACUUUCUCUAGGGACACCGGUGCUAUGCAAUUUCUGGAAAAUUAUGAAAAAGAAGACAUAACAGUAGCAGAACUGGAAGGAAACUCAAAUUCUUUGUGGACCAUCAGCCCUCCCAGUAAGCAGAAAAUGAUAAGCGAACUCAAGGAUCUCAGUAGUAGCUUCUCUGUUGUGUUUUCAUGGAGUAUCCAGAGAAACAUGAGUCUGGGGGCAAAAGCAGAAAUAGCAACAGAUAAGCUCUCUUUUCCUCUUCAGAACAGCACACGGAAGAACAUAGCCAACAUGAUCGCUAGCAACGACCCAGAGAGCUCAAAAACCCCAGUGACCAUAGAAAGGAUCUACCCAUACUACGUGAAAGCACCCAGUGAUUCGAACUCAAAACCUAUAAAGCAGCUUUUGUCUGAAAGCAAUUUCAUGAACAUCACCAUCAUUCUGUCCAGAGACAAUUCAACUAACUCCAACAGCGAGUGGUGGGUUCUCAACCUGACAGGAAAUAGAAUCUAUGAUCAGGAGUCGCAAGCCCUGGAGUUGGUGGUCUUCAAUGACAAAGUCAGUCCCCCCAGCCUGGGCUUCCUGGCCGGCUACGGGAUCAUGGGACUGUAUGCCUCGGUCGUCCUCGUGAUUGGGAAAUUUGUCCGGGAGUUCUUCAGUGGGAUCUCCCACUCCAUCAUGUUUGAAGAGCUUCCGAAUGUGGAUCGAAUCUUGAAGUUGUGUACGGAUAUUUUUUUAGUCCGAGAGACAGGGGAACUGGAACUAGAAGAAGACCUCUAUGCCAAAUUAAUAUUCCUGUACCGCUCUCCAGAAACGAUGAUCAAGUGGACAAGGGAAAAAACAAACUGAGACCGUGGGACCCAGACUGCGGGUAAUGUGAACCUUUGGAUUUUAAAAAAAGCACAAUACUCUCCUAAGAGCUAAGUGUUUCUCGUUCUAGGAAGUGGCUUCUCUUCUGUCGGGCGGCCCAAGGGGCUGACUUCCUCCUGCCGCCGGGCCACCUUGCCAGCGAGACGCUGCUAAAGAGGUCGUCUGCAGUCCCCUCUCUGAGGUCAGGGCUGCGAUUUGGCUGUGGUCAGCAACGUCUUGCGUUCUGAUGGACCAUGUGAAGAAUCUCCCAGGUCCCUCCCCCCAGAGAAAGGCCAGUGCCUGUACUGUGCCCAGGCUGUACCUGCACUGCAGGGUGCUGCGUGCCCCUUGGGCUCGUGUGGCUGGGCAGCAGCUGCAAGGGGACUGGGCAAGCCUCAGCACUGCAGCUGGGCAGGAGAAACAGGAGGCAGAAGGCCCAGCCUCGUUCCCGGGGAGCAGGGAGGGGAACUCAGGGCCCCAAGGACGCGGAAGGGUAAGCCCCAUUCUAAGCAAAAAGAUCCCAUUAGCCAUACUCUUACUGCCUUAUCUAACUGAAGACUGAAAAGAAAUCUUCCCGUGGAACACCAGUGACGUCUCAGGAAACAAAGCAGCAAAACAAACCACGGGCACCUGCUCUGCCGAGUCCAGCAGAGCCCUCCGCAGUGUGGCAUGCACGAGCCCGAGGGUCCCUGCCCCACCGCCCAGCAGGCCAGCCCAGUGGGUGGGCAGCACCCUGACUUCUGACUCCGCCACGCCUGAGGUCACCACGGUUCCUCCGCCCCCAGCACGCUUCUCCCAUUUCAGUAAUUCGAGCAGCCGUUUUCCAGUAUGUGACUUUUUCCUUCCUGUUUUUCAGGCAUAUCAAAGAGUUUACAUAUUCCAUUUCACAUUUUUACAUCUGAGACGGGUUUUUUUAAGUUCAUAAUUAUGAAAGAAAUAUGUAUAUUAAGCUUGGGGAAAUUAAAAUGGCUUUUUCUUAAAUUAUCAUCCUUGGUGAUACAUCCUCUCCACAGAGUAACAAUGUAGCAUGAAAAGCUAUGACUGAGUAUAGUCUGCAUUCCAUACUAAAACACAGUUUCUGAGAAAAACCAUUGAAUGGUUAGAAUGUGUCCAAAACCACGAUCCUGUGUAGUUUGGGUUCAGGGCUGACUUAAAAUAAAGCACAUCUUGCAAAGUCAUCUAAA